GGGAGUUAAUUCCUCUACGGCUUUCCAGUGGUGUGGCUCUCUGUUCAUCUCCCUGUUACAGGUUCGGUGUCGGAAGCUCAUGGCGCGGUCAAGUGGAUAUCGGCGGUCGAAGGGGGGUAGGCCUUGGCGUCCGUUCACGCCGGGAACGCCGCCGGUAGCUAGUUCGCACAGGGUUGCAGUGGGUUCCUGGGCAUUCAAGCGGCGGUCAGGCGGCCGUCCGUCGCGAGCGACGGCUCGUGGGGAUUGCGACCGUCCGGCUUCCGGUGUAGCAUCUAGGGUCGCUGCAAGGAGACGGUCGGUGCAACGGAGGGCGCAGUGGGGUGGGGAUGCACAACAUGCGGUUCAACUAAGUGAUGGCGGAAGCGAGUCUGGUGACGAAUUCUAUACCCCGCCACGGGUUCUUGAGGAUGUGGGCCUUGAAGGGUCUCCGAGUGUUGGGCCUGGACACGCGGACAACCGGUUUUCGCAGAUCACCACGCGGGGGAUGCCUAAGGAUGCAGAUGGCGUGGAGAGACACCACGUCUACCCUUGACUCUGCGGUGUUUACAAUGCGGCACAUGGAGGCGUAUACCGGGCAAAGUUGCGCAAACUGGGACUGUGGGUUGCAACGGGAGAAAUGCCACCAAUUUCUAGACCUACGAAAGAGGUUCAUGCACAACAUACUUUUGUGCAAGGACAAUGAACACAUGGAGAAUGUAGCCUCUCGCGUUGGCCAAUAUGAUACCAAGAGGGUGGCACAUCUCCACCCGUGAUUACGUAGAACAACUAUCGCGACAGUAGUUAAUACAGUUUUAAAAUGCAAAACUGCUGCAUUUUGGUUCCCCCACCUACGGUUUAGACAUUAGUUAGUACAUGGUUCUGUUGCAAAAUGAAAGCAGGUCGGUUUGGACACCUAUGCUUUAGUCAUGUGUGGGUGUUAUUUAGCUAACUUUUAGCGUGCAAUAAGGAUGUGCUUAGUCUGCUUUUUGGUUCAUAUUUUUCCUGCAUAUACAUUUGGCAUGUGCACUAAUUAGGUGUUCAUUUAUCGUGUGCAGUA